AUGAUCGUAGAGAAGAAUGUCAGCAAUGCACUUAAAUUCCUCUCUCUCACAAUCUUUGUCGCGGUCAUUGCAUUGAGUGUACUCGGGCACGUAAAUUGUGCCGCCGAUGAUGAUCUGGACUUAUCUCAAUCGACUAGUCCCGCCGCGCUCAAUCUCUUCACCCAGGCGUUUUAUAGUCGGUUUAGUAAUUUUACCUUAAUAUUCAAAGACGAUAUCUCCAGAGAGCUGGGUUUUUGUAUCCAAGACGUGGAUAGUGAGUGGGAUGCUACGUUUAAUUUCUCGACCAACACGGAAUUUUUAUCCAAUUGCAUCAGAAAGACAAAAGGUAUGGAGUGUUACCUAUCAUUUUACUACGAAAUUCGUUCGUUUCAUAAGUUCAAUUGA